CUGAGGAGAAAGCGCUGUGUGGGUAGGGGUAGGGUCGCGUAAGUUGAACCCCCCAGGGCGCCCCCUGUACGCAGGCUGCGGCCACGGCGCCUCAUCCAGGGGUCUUCUGGGAGAGGAAAUUCCGUUGUUUUUUUUUUUUUGCAGCAGGAAGAGGCGUUUCCCAAAAUUAAGAGAAAAGGCGCCAACCAGUGGGUCCCGAGCUACAGUUACUUCACCAGUUCUCUUUUCCCGCGCUGCAGCCAUGCCCGCCCUAGGUUCCGAGCUUCCGAGCCAGUCGGUCCCAGAACCGAAAGGCGAGCCCCAGAAUGAUGCAGCCGCCGCCGCCUCUGCCUCUGCCUCUGCCGCCAACCCGGAGAGCGACCCCAGCCCCCCGCUCCGGCCGCACGGGGAGAAGCAGUACCUGCAGCAGAUAGCGCACGUCCUCCAGUAUGGCGCCAAGAAGAAGGACCGCACGGGCACCGGCACCCUGUCUGUGUUCGGCAUGCAAGCCCGUUACAACCUGCGAGAUGAGUUUCCUUUGCUGACAACCAAGCGUGUGUUCUGGAAGGGUGUCCUGGAGGAACUGCUGUGGUUUAUUAAGGGUUGCACAAAUGGUAAGGAGCUCUCCGCCAAGGGGGUGAAGAUCUGGGAUGCCAAUGGGUCGCGUGACUUUUUGGACAACCUGGGCUUCACUGCCAGAGAAGAAGGAGAUUUGGGACCAGUAUAUGGCUUCCAGUGGAGACAUUUUGGAGCAGAAUACAAAGAGAUGAACACAGAUUAUUCUGGGCAAGGAGUGGAUCAGCUACAAAAAGUCAUUGACAAAAUCAAAACCAACCCUGAUGACAGAAGGAUCAUUAUGUGCGCUUGGAAUCCGAAAGAUCUUCCUCUCAUGGCCUUGCCUCCGUGCCACGCUCUCUGUCAGUUCUACGUAGUGAACGGUGAGCUUUCCUGUCAGCUAUACCAGCGAUCUGGAGAUAUGGGCCUCGGGGUGCCGUUCAACAUCGCCAGUUACUCCCUGCUCACCUACAUGAUCGCUCACAUCACAGGCCUGAAGCCAGGUGAUUUUGUACACACUCUGGGAGACGCUCAUGUAUACUUGAAUCAUGUUGAGCCACUAAAAAUUCAGCUUCAGCGAGAACCAAGACCUUUCCCCAAGCUCAAAAUUCUUCGGAAAGUUGAAAGCAUCGACGACUUCAAGGCCGAGGACUUCCUGAUCGAAGGCUACAACCCUCACCCAACCAUUAAGAUGGACAUGGCCGUGUGAGCCCCCGGGCCUGCCUGAAACCCCUUCAUCUUUCCCAGAAUGUCAUCCAACCUUCUUAGCAUUGCACAGCGCGCUUUUUGGCAGGCACGAUAUAGUGGAGAAACUUUAACUUGCCCCGUGACGGCUCACGUUCCCUGCACACACACACCUUAAAAUAACUGCGCCUGAGACUAAGGAGAAGCAAAUGGCUAUAAAGCAAGGCGCAGUUUUUGUUUUGUAUAUGUUAAAAUAAAGCAG